CAUAAAAAAUCAUUGAAUUUUUCUAAAUUUUCGCUUUUUGUUUAUUCUGGACUGAUUUUUAUUGCCAACAAUUUUGAUGGUCGAAUCAUAUUGGCGAAAAUGACGAGAAUGAAAUCCUCAUCAUCAUUAUUCGGUCACAUCUAUCCAUAUAUUGUGAUCACUGUAACAAUAACAAUCGUAUUUCAUAAUUCACUUGACUGUGAUUUUACAUUUGAUGAUACAUCGGCUAUCGUACAGAAUCGUCAUGUACAUACAAACGAAACCGAUUGGUUUCGAAUAUUCGAUGUCGAUUAUUGGGGUACACCCAUACGAAGUGAACAUAGUCAUAAAUCAUAUCGACCAUUCACAUCAUUAACAUUUCGUUGGAAUCAUUUAUGGUCACCGGCAUUGAAUCCAUAUGAAUUUCAUUUAACAAAUGUAUUGUUACAUAUAAUUGUUUCAUUUAUUUGUUUUGAAUUUCUUCGAAUAAUGUUGGGUCCCCAAAAUCGAUGGCCAGCUUGUUUAUUCACCUUAUAUUUUGCCAUUCAUCCAAUCAAAUCUGAAGCCGUUACCAGUAUUGUUGGCCGAGCUGAAUUACUGUCCACAUUAUUCAUAUUGAUCUCAUUGUUUUGUUAUUUUAAAAAUGCAUACAUUAAUUUUGCCAUUACGGUUCUUUUGGCUUCAUAUUCAAAAGAACAAGGCAUGACAACACCGGCUAUUUGUAUAGCCAUUGAAUGUCUUAAAUUGAUGAUUCAAUUUAAAUCAUUAAAUUAUUUACCAUUCUGGUCAAGAUUAUGGCAUUCAUUAUUGAAUUUGACUAUGGCAAAAAUCAUUGCACUUAUUGCCUAUACAGCAAUAUUGAUUGGCACUCGUAUCUAUUUGGCCGGAUCAUCAUUGCCCAUUUUCACUAAAUUCGAUAAUCCAGCUUCAUUUGAAGAAACACCCAGUCGACAACUUACCUACAAUUAUCUUCUGCCAUUAAAUGUACGUUUAAUGUUAUGGCCACGAUGGUUAUGUGCCGAUUGGACAAUGAAUUCCAUUCCAUUGGUCAAAACAUUUGAUGAUUCACGUAAUGCCUGGACAGCUAUAUUCUAUCUGGUUUUCAUAAUUCUUUCUAGCCGAGCAUUUUAUCUAGCCACCAGCAAGCAAUCAAAACGUCUUUUUAAUAUCGAAAUUGAUAUCGAAAGAUCAAAUCUGCUUAUUUCACUGAUUCUCAUUGUGAUUCCAUUCAUUCCUGCAUCUAAUCUACUAUUUCCAGUUGGUUUUGUUCUUGCCGAACGAAUCCUCUAUACACCGAGCAUUGGAUUCACCACAUUAUUGGCAAUCGGUUGGUUAAGAAUUCAAAAUUAUUUUCAACGAUCUAGAUUCAUUCAAUUUUUAUUGAAUUUUUCAACAAUAUUAAUGCUAGUCACAUUUACAUUCCGUACUUAUGAACGAAAUUUUGAUUGGCGUAAUGAUCUGACUCUAUUCAAAUCUGGUUUAAUGGUCAAUCCUAAUAAUGCAAAAUUAUAUAAUAAUAUUGGACAUUAUUAUGAACGUCGUGGUGAAUGGUCAGAAGCUAUAAAAUAUUUUCGUCUAGCAGCCGAUAAAGAUCAUGAAGAUAUUGGCGCUGAAUUGAAUGUAGCUAGAUCAUUGAUUAGAUUGAAUCGAUUAAAAGAUGCCGAAGAUUUACUUUGGGCCAUUAAACCACGUGUACGUACAUCGAUAUUAAAAAAUCGUAUGGUACCACAAUAUCUAAAUAUUUGGAUAAAUCUAGCACAUGUAAUCAGUAUGAAUCAAACACGAUUACAUGAAGCUGAAAAUCUUUAUCAAGAAGUUUUGACCAUUCGAAGUGAUUUUGUUGAUGCCUACAUAAAUCUUGGUGAACUUUAUAUUCGUAAACAAUUAUUUGAUCAAGCACAAGAAACAUAUGAAAAAGCAUUGCAACGAGCACGUCAUAUUGAUGAUGGUAAAAGAGCAGAUAUUCACUAUAAUUUAGCUAUUGCAAAAUCAUUGAAAUUAGAUCAUCAACAACAGAAACCUAGUGGUUCGAAACUUGGAUCAUUAUUGACUGAAAUCGCCAAAGAUUUAAUGAUUGCCAUUGAUAUUAAUCGUGAACAUCGUGAAGCUAUCAUCAAUUUAGCCAUACUAUUGCAACGGCCACAGUUUCCAUCCAAUAAUCAAAAUGAAUAUCGAACAUUUGCCAUUAAUGCAUUACGUAGUUAUUCACGUAGCAAUGAAUUGGAAUCAUUUCAAUUCAAUAUUGCCAUCACAUUGUUGGAUAUUGGUGGACCAACAAAUCGUAUGGAUGCUAUUCAUCAUUUUAAACGUGCUGCUGAAUUGAAACCAGAUUUUCGUAGUGCACUAUAUAAUCUUGCAUUACUUUAUUAUGAUUUUAAAGAUUAUGAACAAUCAUUAUUCUAUCUAAAUCGUACACUUGAACAUUAUUCAAAUUAUACAAAAGCAUUAUUAUUGACCGCAGAUAUUUAUAGCCGUAUGGAACGUUUAGAUGAUACUGAAAAGACAUAUACCAAAGUACUUGAAAUGGAUCAUAAUAAUUAUGAAGCUAUUCAUAACCUUUGUAUGAUUUAUAAACAAACACAAAGGAAAAAAGAACAAGAAAAAUGUUUAUUAAUGCUCAAUGAUUUUAAAUUGAAAUCCAUGUUGUGAUACAUCAUCAUCAUCAUCAUCAUCAUCAUCAUCAUCAUUCCUGAUUAUAAUAUUCUUUCGUAACGAAUUUCUAAAAAAAAAAAAAAUUCUCCUU